UGUCAUUCAAAUUUCAUUAAAAACGAGUAUGACCGAAGUACAGUGGCAGAAAAAUUUAUAUGAAAAUUAUGGUUUACCAGACAAUUAUACAGAUAGUACAUUUUUGAAGCAAUUGCGUAAAAAUAUAAAGCCAAACAAUGUAACAUUAAUUGAGGCAAUAACUUUCGGUGCUAGUGUAUGUAUUCAAUUAAACAUUGUAAUUCUUUUCGUCAUUAUAUUUAUCUGGUUAAACAAAGAAUGGACCAGUCCAAAUAUCAUAUUUAUAUCGGGUGUAAUUUGUACAGUGUUUGGUUAUUGUAUCUUUUGCUUAAAAGAACCAAAUACUUUGACCAAAUUAACUAAAGAUCUCAGAACUGUAUUAAUUUUUCUUACUUUCGGAUAUAUUUUAUCGCCAGUUUUAAAAACUUUGACCGAAACUAUUAGUACAGAUACAAUUUAUGCCAUGACAAUAUUAAUGUUUCUUGUACAUUUAAUAUUUAGCAAAUAUGGUUCUUUGCAAAUAUCUUUAUCAGAUUCUUUAUCUAUUACAUCUUCAAUUUUUGGUUCCUUAAUGUUAGCUUCCAGAUUAGUAUCUCCGUCUCAUGCAUUUUCUCUUCUAACAGUUUCUGUACAGUGUUUUGUUUUAUUACCAUUUUUAAUGCAUACAUUAAGCAAUAAAAUAUUUAUUUCAACUUUAUUAACAUUUAGUACUUUAUAUCUUCUCUUAUUUCUUUCGCAAACUCUAUCUUAUGUAUUCAUUAUAACCACAGUAUUUUUACAUUUUAUUUGUCCUUGUUGGUAUAUACAAUGUCAAAGGUACAAGGAUAAUAUUUAUGGACCAUGGGAUGAGGCUGUAAUCAGUUCUUAAAUAUUUAAUUUAUUAGCAGUAAACAUUAUAGUCGUAAAUACUGUUGUAAUACGAUUUUGGCAGUCGAUUGUAAAUAUACACGAGUAUGUAAAAAAAUAUGUUCUUAUAUAUUUUGAAUCGAUGUUGGGUACGUAAGUGUGCUGUUAUUGUACAAUUAUAAACUGCAGUAGUCUUUUAAUUCUUCUUACGAGAGCUUCGAUAAAACUGUGAUCCACUGUUGCGUAUUCACUAUGCGUAUCCAGCAGCUGUGUAAUAAAACUAUCUGUAAACGUCGAAA